AGAGGAGACGUUUUCACGAUCCUUGACGCAGGCGGAGGCACUUGCGAUGCCUUAACUUAUAUUGUCACUCGCAAAUCACCUCUUCGACUCGAGAGACAACUGGUGCAUCACAGCGGUGGUACAUGUGGCUCCAACGCACUGAACGCUGCAUUCCGGGAACUCCUCGAGAAUCUGCUUGCAGACCACGACUAUUUUAACAAGGACGGCGCAACUUUAGAAGGCCACAUCUGCAAGUUGGCAGCCCACGACUUUGAGCAUUACCUCAAGACCGGGUGGGCUGUCUCUCAAAACAGCCAAGAUCGGGUGCUUGAGGUCUUUGGGCUUCGGUCCGACCCCGGGAGUCGGAACCAGGCGACAGAUAAUCAACAGCCUUGCCCUCAUACAUUGACAAUUCAGGCUGAACACUUGAACAACAUCUACCGACGUGUAUGUGACGAGGUGUCUAUGCUUAUGACGAAGCAGCUACAUGAAACAACACAACUUGGCCUGAAGACCGGCAAAGUCGUCUUGGCUGGCGGCUUUGGGGAAUCAAAGCCCUUACGAACUUGUCUCCGCGAGGCGCUGGCAAGCUUCAACGCUGCUCAAAAUUCCAAUGUUGAGCUGCAUGUCGCCGGCGAGCAUGAGCGGACUACAGCAGUCGAUGCCGUUUCUUCGGGGGGUGUUCUAAGAGCCUUGGACAAGCUCUACGGUCCCACUAGAGUCGCAAACUCGAGCUACGGGGUCCGAUGUGAUGAGCUUUUUCUGCAUGCGAUGCAUGCGGGUCAGCCAACGAUCCAGGGCCGUGAUAACGCACAGGAGCUCUUUGUAGAAGCUAUACAAUGGAUUACGAAGAAGACAAGCCUUUACUCUAUCCCGCCAUCGUUCCAGAUAUCGGCCCCGCGUUGCUGCACAUUCCCUUUCUGGAACGACGAUGGCACAAUCAACAAGGGGCCCUUCACUUGCCAAGAAGAGAUAUGGGUAUCCGAUGCGGCCUAUCUAGACCAUCAUAGUUAUCUCCACGAGCAUAAUAAAGAUGCUCAGAAAAUUGGUGUUUUCAGUACAGAUGUCACACACUUACACCAGGAUUUUCUGCUUGAGGGUCAGGGAGCGCAGGCCUCUGGUGGUACUAGAUAUUUGUACUGGAGGUUCCCUUACAAGUUGGUUUUGACUAUCGACGGCUUGAACAUGAAAUCUGCCGUCCGCGCCGAGAUCUGCAAACUUGGUACCCUACGCUACAGACACUAA